ACUCAAACCAAAAUUUUCAGUGAUAAGGGAGCUUCAUCUUUCAAUAAAGAAGCGAAUCUCCAGCUCCAACGGAAGAAAAACUUGCACAAAAGCAAAUUUUCUUUUCAGUUAAAAGCAAAAAUAAGAGUAUGCAGAAGAAACUAGAUAAAUUCUGUUUUCUUUUGAUAUAGAAAAGACAAAGACAAUCACAUUUUCCUCAAAGCGUAGAAUCAAAGCAAACCAAUUGGAAAAAAAAAAUCCAUAAUCCCACUAAUUUUUUCAUAUAAUAAAGCAACACCAUAAUUAAACAUUCAUGUAAACAAAGAGAGGAUGCAGAGAGGAAAAGAUGAUGACAAGAGAGGUUUUUGUCGUCGGCUUUUAAGGUUGGUGGUUGUUAAACUCAUGGCGGGUCACAAGGAAGAUAGGUCCGUCACGAAGAAACUGAUCAAGAAAGAAUCAAAAUCAGAUAUCACAAUUUAUUUCAAGCAAAGAGAAGACUCCGAGGAUAACGCUAAUAACCCCAUCAAUAUCUCAAGAAGCUCGGAGAAAGAGAGGGUGAUCAUGCUGGUUAAUGGUAGUAAUGGCUCAAAGAAGAACUUGGCGAGUGAGCUCAGCGUUAGGCGAUCAGUAGCUCAAACUGGAGCUGAGAUGAUGAUGGAGAUGGAGAAAGAGACAAGUGGACGACAAGAAGAAGAACACAAUCCCUUCUGCGAUGCAUUUUGCAAACCCUUUGAAGGACUCUAUCAACAAUGCAUGGCCGUUUGCCCUCGCACCAAGUCCAUAGGAGGAGAUGGGGUUGCUAACGGGGAGUUGCAGGCAAACGAGGAAGUCUGCGAGACAUCGUGCAGUAUUCUUCAAGAGGAACCGCUCACUAUAAGGUGCAUGAGGAUUUGCCACGAGAGAAUUCCCGGAGCUGUUGCGUCUUCUACUUAAUGUUUAAAAUCUCUUCCGAGGAGAUUUCUAUGAAAUAAGUGUUAUGUUGGUGUAAGAAUCAAAACUGAAAUACUAU